CACACACACACACACACACACACAGGCUGUAAUCACUCUAAUCUCUCUGAGUGUUUGGCUCUGUUCUGCUCUCCCAGUAUUUCUCAACACACGAAGGGCUGUACUUUAUGUCAAACUUUGUUCAUAGUAUUAUUCAGGUUUGGUAAAACAGAACUUCAUGAAUUAUGGAUCCUUCAGAGGAUAAUCCAGUUUGAUGGAAAUACAGCAGAGGCCAAGCUGCGUCACGAGAGGAACCCCGUGCUUGUCCAGCUGCCAUGGCUGCACUGAGGUAAGAAUUCCUAGGAAUGCUGUGGAAUGUUUGGAAUGUCGGAGAAGGGGCCUCCACCCUGUAGUGUGUGCUGCUGUAGGGUGGAACCGCAGCACUCUUCCUGCUCUAGUAGUGCAGAACUAGAGCCCUUCUCAUGAACAUAUCAGACGUUUACUGCGACCGUUUCUCUCUUAUCUUCAUGUGAGCUGUUUGAAGCAGUCACUCUUACUCCUGCAGGUCCUGCAUGCUGAGAUGCCCUGAGACAGAGAGUGACGCCCAUCAGAGCUGCAUGAUGGUCUAGCUCCGCCCACUCUCUGUCAGGAUGCUAGCCUCUGUGGUCUCUGGAAAUAACGGAGGGCGAGCGCUGACCCUGAAGGGCGUUGACCCGGAAACAUGUAUGAUCGUCUUCAAAAACCACUGGACACAGGUUCUGAGGAUCCUGGAGAAGCACGAUCCGGUUCGCGGCGGUGCCGUUGCUCUGCGGUUCGGCCCGAUCCCCGGCGACGAGGCGAGCGCCGUACAGAACUACGUGGAGCACAUGCUCUUCCUGCUGAUGGAGGAAGAGAGCGGUCAGGGCGGGGCCAUGGGGACCAUCCUGGAGUUCGUGGUGGUGGAGAACGUGAUGGAAAAGCUGUUUCUGUGGAGUCUGCGGCGCGAUUUCACCGACGACAUGAAGCUGGAGCAGCUGCGCAUGUACAAGAUGCUGGUGGCGCAAGCCAAACAACCGCUGCUACACCACAAACCCAUCCUCAAACCUCUGAUGAUGCUGCUGUCUGCCUGCUCCAGCUCCUCCACCGUGGGGCCCUCAUCCUCCUGCACAGUGGUGCCCAAAAGCAGCAGCUCCGCCGCAGGGCUCAUCUGCGCCAUGGGGCCCUCAUCCUCCUGCACUGUGGGGCCAAAAAGCAGCAGCUCCGCAGCAGGGCUCACCUGCACCGUGGGACCCAGCAGCUCUGCGGUGGAGGUGGAGCUGGUGUCUCUGCUGCAUCAGCUGUGCCGAGCGCUGGUCAAGGAAGCCUCCGUGCUGGAGCUGUUCUUCCAUAGCAGUCAGGAUCAGGGAGCCGCCAACUUUCUGCUCUUCUCUCUGCUCAUCCCGUUCAUCCACCGCGACGGGACAGUCGGUGCGCAUGCCAGAGACGCCCUCACCCUCAUCAUGAGCCUCUCGUCUCAGAACAGCCUGGUGGCCAAACACAUCGUGGAGAACACCUACUUCUGCGCGGUGUUGGCCACGGGUCUCAGCGGUCUGUAUUCCGGUCUGCCGGCUAAACUGGAGGUUUACAGCGAGGGCUGGUUCUGUCUGGAGAGACAUGACUGGCUGCAGCUUCCAGCGCUGUUACAGUUCCUCAACUCACUGCACUUCUGCAGCACUGUGUGCNAGGUGGCUCACCCCUCUAUCAGAGAUCAGCUCCUGGGCUACAUCUACAAUGGUUUUCUCGUUCCUGUCAUGGCUCCUGCGCUUCAUAAGCUGACUCUGGAGGAGGUGAUGGCAACGACGGCGUAUCUGGAGCUCUUCCUGCGCAGCAUCUCUGACUCCGCCCUCCUCCAGACCUUCCUCAUCUUCAUCCUCAGACAUCGCCAUGACAACGUCAGCAUCCUGGACACGCUGGUCAGCAGGAUCAACACACCGUUUCAGGUGAGUGUGAUGUUGGCUCUGUUCCGCACUCUGAUUGGUCUGUAUUGUGAAGAUGUCAUGCUGCAGUUAAUUCUCAGGUAUCUGCUCCCGUGUUCUCACCUGACGCACACUGAGAGACUCCGGCUGCGAGAGAGAGACUGUUACUCCAUCACUGCGUCUGCGCUGCUCUCGCUCACUCCCUCCUUCUUCAUUCCCAAACCCUGCUCCUCUCCACCGCAGACGCCCAAACCCGACUACAUCCUCUGGUCAAAGGUCACCGAGGGCCUGCUGAGGGGCAACAUGGGAAUGGAGGAUCUGUUCUCAGGUGGAGAUACCGUCGGAUGCUCCCGAAUAACCGCUUCAGAGCCGCUGAUGCACAAGAACUAUCUUCAGUAUCUGUAUGACGCACACAGAUCCGUCUGUACGACCGUCCAAGCGUGCAACGUGUGGUCGGCUCCGUACGACGGCCUUAAUCCGUCCCCGGACGAGUAUCAGGAUGAGGACGAGCGCCUUCCUCGCUCUACUCCGCCUCCUCAAAUGCCGACUCCUCAUCCGCCUUCGGAAACCAGCUCCACCGGCGACCGCGAGCGAGUCGGGACGCUACUCGAGCUGGAAUGGGACGAUACGUACGACGCCGCACCGGACAGGGAACCGACGCCCGACGUUCCAGACGAACCGCCGAAACACAUUCAGGAAAUGCGUAAAAACGCCAUCAUGCUGAUUAAAGGAAGUUAUAUCGAGGAGUUGGAAUUUCAGGACGACGUUUUGGUUUAUAAUCUGAUCGCGCAAAAAGACGCUCGCGACGACCGGCAGAUGUUCGUCAAAAACGGCUUGAAUAAACCAACCCACAAUCACUACGUAAACAACAAUCUGAUGCAGGUUAAUCACACACUGAACCAUAAUCACGCAGAACAUCUAGAAUCCGAACCGAUUGUGAACGGAUGUGGUUUUGAGGAGCAGAAACCGGAAUUAGAGGGUGAUGCUGCGCAUCUGGACCACAACUGCAAUGAGAGCAAAACGGCCGAAGCCGCAGGAGACGACUUCAUCUCGCAGUGUCUGGAGCUGAUUCGGGAUCUGGGCGGAGAGGAAGACUCCGUCGUGGAGGAUGAAGAGCAGCUCCAGUGGCUGCAGGAUCUCCUGCAUGGGGACGAGGAGGAGGAGCUGGACUUUACCUGCUUCUGUGAGGAGUGUGAGGGUGAAGACGAUGCAGAUGAAGAACUGAAUAAAGCCGAGAGCAGGAAACACGGGAUCUCGUUUACAGGGCCGUUCAUCAGCGUCCUGCUGUCCCGUCUGGAGAACAUGCUGGAGAACUCCAUUGAAGUCAACCUGCUGCUUACGGGGAUUUUAGCGCAGCUGGCCACAUAUCCACAACCGCUGCUGCAAGGAUUCAUUCUGAACACCAGACCCGUGUCUCAGACCGGUGCACGCUCACUUUACCAGGUUCUGCUGUCGGUGGGUUGUCAGAUUGAACAGUACGCAGCGUCCAAUCCGGAUUUUCCCGAGCUGGUCCGUGAAGCCGCCCAGUACCUGCUGCUCAAAGACCAGGCCUUAAAAGAGCAAGAGAGAGAAGUUCACCUGCAAGAAAACGCUGGCUGGUUCCUGAAUGGCCACGUCUCGGGUCGUCCACGCAAACCUCUUCCUCCCUGCCCCAAAAUCCCGCCGCACCUGCGGAACAGAGUGUUCACUACGUUUCUGUUCGCCGAGUUCCUGAAGGAGCUGGCAGCCAUCGCGCAAGAGCACUCCAUAUUACCUGAGCGAACGGCGGAGGAGUGACACACCUCAGAUUGUGAGUUUCACAGCAACAAUCAAAUGCAAACAUCUCUGGACGCUUUCCCAUUCAUUUCCUAAGGACGGUCAGUUCUGACCUCAAACAGCCAAUGUGUCGGGGGUUUUUUAUGACCUCUUAGACUUAUAGUUCAGUUUUUUGAAGUUUGAAGUUUUUUGACCCCCUGUUGUGUUGGGGUCAAAUUGACCCACACUCAUUUUUAUAAACUGCUUGAAAUACUCUUUAUUUCUUACUGAAAUUUGGUGGAUAUUUUUUAUUUAGCGUCAUGAAUGUGCAUGCAAAGUUUCGGCACAUGGAUGUGUUUCGGAAAGGCUGUACAAAAACUAUUACAACUUUUGUGUUGGGUCAAAUUGACCCACGCUCAAAUUUUCAAACUGCUCGAAAUACUGGUUAAACGGUUUAUUUAUUUUUGAAAUUUGGUGAAUAUUUUUCAUUUAGGGUUAUAAAUGUGCAAGCAAAGUUUCAACACAUAGAUGUGUUUUAGAAAAACUGUACAAAAAUCGUUACAGCUUUUGUGUUGGGUCAAAACUGACCCACAUUCUAUUUUAAAAACUGCCCAAAAUACCAGUUAAACUACUUAUUUCUUCUUGAAAUUUGGUGGAUAUUUUUCAUUUAGCGUCAUGAAUGUGCAUGCAAAGUUUCGGCACAUAGAUGUGUUUCGAAAAGGCUGUACAAAAACUAUUACAACUUUUGUGUUGGGUCAAAUUGACCCACGCUCAAAUUUUCAAACUGCUCGAAAUACUGGUUAAAAUAUUUAUUUCUUCUUGAAAUUUGGAGGAUAUUUUUCAUUUAGCACCAUGAAUGUGCAUGCAAAAUUUCAGCACAUAGAUUUGUUUUGGAAAGGCUGUACGGAGUUUGUUACGACUUUUGUGUUGGGGUUAAUUUGACCCACAUACGUAUUUUAAAUGACUCAAGAUACUGAUUCAACUAUUUAUUUCUUCUUGAAAUUUGGUAGAUAUUUUUCAUUUAGUGUCAUGAAUGUGCAUGCAAAGUUUCCGCUCAUGGGUGUGUUUUGGAAAGGCUGUGCUGAGAAUUGUUACUACUUUUAUGUUGGGUCAAAUUGACCCAAGCUCAAAUAUUCAAACUGCUCAAAAUACUGGUUAAAAUGUUUAUUUCUUCUUAAAAUUUCAUGCAUAUGCAUGCAAAGUUUCGGCACAUAGAUGUGUUUUGGAAAGGCUGUACAGAGUUUAUUAGGACUUUUGUGUUGGGGUUAAACUGAGCCCCACUGGAUUCUAUGCAAUUUGCCAAAAAUCAACAAUCUGAAAAACAUUAAAUAGGCCGGUAAACAA